AUGCACGAUCAACUUAGAGAUCUUGGAAGGCAAAUUGUUCAACAAGAAGAUCAGAAGAACCCUGAAAAACGAAGUAGGAUAUGGAAUUGCAAGGAGAUCCUUGGUGCAAUAGAGACAGAGCAGAUGAAGAAGGAAGUUGUAGCACUGGAUCUUGAUCUACGAAAAAGUUAUUCAGAUUUUGUUAUUAAAAGUGAAGAGAUUGGAAGGUUCAAAAGUCUAAAGUACCUCAAAUUAAAUGGGGAGCCUUCGUGGAACGUGGUCGUUCUUCAAUUUUCAAACAAUGACUUCAUAGAUGAUUCAAAACUGCAGAGCUUUGUCAAGAUGGCAAGAAAAUUGAAAGUUCUUUCUCUUAAAGGUUGUGAUAAAAUAACCAGAACACCAGAUUUCUUUGAAUGCCCGAAUUUAGAGAGCCUUGAUGUCGACCGUUGUUCCAAUUUGAGGGAAAUUGAUGGCUCUAUUGGGAAGUUGAGCUGUCUAAUUGGCAUUAAGAUUGUUUAUUGCCCUUGUCUUGAAUUUUUGCCUGAAGAUAUCGGGGACCUUGUAAAACUGGAGCACUUCACUAUACAGCGGUGUGAUGGAGUGAAGAGGCUCCCAGAAUCCAUAUGGAAGUUAAAAUCAUUACGUGAGGUGCACUUCUCAACUGGCUGGGAUUCUUAUUUAGCAAAUUCAUGA